CAAUUAGAAAAAUGAAGAAAAGGAAACACAUUUGUGAUUUGGACCUUGGUUCUGACAGCAUGCUGCCCAAAAAGACUACCGUCCCUGGGCGAGCGUGUCGCUACUUACGCAAGCUGGGCCAGCUCACGAAGCUGCACCCGGAAACCUUCGAGCAUUUCCGCAGCUACUCGGCCGUGGUCGCCGAACGACAGCGACAACUGCUGGAAGACGGGGGGCACGUUAUACACCCUUUUAGUAUUAUCAGCCUAGCGUGGAUGACUUUCAUGAUAAUAGUGAACUUAGCACACAUGAGCCUGUCGACUCUCCGGCUGUUCUUCGUGCUGCAGCCGGUAAACAAGACCACGGUCCACCCGGUAGACAGGCCCAUACUCUGCCUCAACGUCAUCUGCCUGAUUGACAUGCUCAUAAAGAUCAACACGGGAUAUGUUCACAAGAAGCAGUCCCUCAUUGUUAUGAGGAGGAAGUCCAUUUUCUGCCGCUACCUCCGUCGCUGGUUUAUCAUUGACUUGGCAUCUAGUUUGCCCGUCGCCUACGUGGUACUCCACAUGAACUUAGACCGGCGACUCGUGCUGGUCGCGCACUUCAUGGCCGUACUCCGGGUCACCAAGAUCUACACCGUCACCGGCAACGUGAAGAUUUUUAUGAGAAUCUUCACGGAGUCGUACAUCGUGCACGGGCUGGUGCGGCUGACACUCCUGUUCGCGCUGACCACGCACUGGUGCAGCUGCCUGCUGUACAGCCCGGCCGUCGUGCAUUACUACUGGACCGGCACUAUGCACGGCACACCCAACUACCACAUGAAUAUUUAUAGAACAGAGACUCAGGUUCAAGAUAUGCAGACCCGCUACAAUAAAGCUCUUAUCGUAGCGCUUUCCUCUUUCUUUGGUACCGGUUUUACAAUGUUUCGUUCGACUGCGCCAGAUGAGAUCUUAGUUCAUUCCCUGAUUAUUGUGUAUGCAGCAAUGUUCAUGGUUUUCACCCUGGUUUUCCUGAUCAAAAGUUACUUGACGAUCUUUGGAUCUAUUAUGCGGUACCAGGGGCUCAUGAAUCAAGUAGAGGAAUACAUGAAAUACAGGCAGUUCCCGCUUUCUCUGAAGAAGCGAGUUCGUGCCUUCUAUCAGUACAGGUACCAAGAGCGGUAUUUCAAAGAAGAGGCUGAUCUUGACUGCCUGUCAGAGGAGCUUCGUGACGAAAUCAAACUGCACACAUGUCGUACACUGGUGCAUAAAGUGAAGUUGUUCGAGGACGUGCCGGCCAGCGUGGUGGGCACGGUGCUCGGCUGCCUGCGCCCCGAGGUUUACCUGUCCAAUGACCUGGUGGUGCGAGCGGGAGACAUCGGGGAUUGCAUGUACUUUAUAGCCACGGGGACUGUGGCGGUGUACUCCUUGAAAGGUGUCGAGGUGUGUCACCUAGAAGACGGCACGCACUUCGGCGAGGUGGCGCUUCUCAUGAAGGACAGCAAGCGCGUGGCCACUGUCGUUGCCGUCGAGAUCACACAACUGUACCGGCUUGAUGCACACGACUUCAACCGAUUCGUAAUGUCCAACACGACAUUAUACAACCGCAUCGAAGCGCUGGCGUCGCUUCGCAUGCACGAGACUACGCUACUGGACGACGCGUUCCGCCGCGAGCGAGAGAGUCAGCAGGAACAACACCAGUCUGAUAUGAUGCAUGAAGUCCCGGCUCCCAUGACUGAGCCUUGAGGACAACAGACCCCAUCAUUUUGAUUUAUUGUUCUAAGAAGGCAACCACGAAACCUGUAUUCAUAAUGAGGAAGUUCUUUUUCAUGGAUUAGUGUCUGAACAAAAUGUGAUACAAGUUAUUGUGGGGCUUUGUCAGUAAUUCUGGUAACAAUUAAGUUUAUAACUAGUAUUGUAAUUUAGCUUUUCAGCUUAGUUUUAGAAGCAAUAGUUUACUUCUUAGACUUGCUCUUCAUGUUAAUACUUGGCUGUAGAGCAGAAAAUUUAGAUAAUUUAUGGUAAAAUAUAGUAUUUAUGAUGGAAACAAGAAAAAUAAUAUUUAAGUCUUAUUUAUUUCAGUAACAGCUGAAUUUUGAUAAAUGCCUUAGAAGACAUAAAAACAAUGAUUGUUUAAUUAAGGAUUGUAAAUGUUCAUAGCUAAAUUAUGACUGUUUUAUUAGCCAUAAACUUAAAGAGAAAUAAAGUUUUGUAAGUGAUAAAUAAAAUCUUGUUUUCUUAGAUAUAAAAUUUAUGAAUACAAACAAACAUUUUGGUUUACACCAAUCUUCGUGGCAACCACACUCGGAAUGCGAUACAUAACUUACAAACUAACACUUCUGGCGGUAUCACACGAAGAUGCCAACCCAUAACAACAAGAACAGAAUACCGAAACCUGAAAAUAGGGAGGCAACUAGUGAUAACAAUAGCUCUUUGAACAGAUCUCUCGAUAAUUUAGUGCUUGUGACUUCGUACACGAAGAACCACGCAGUAAAGAAGAUGCCGAUGCCCAGGAGAAGCAGCGUGAGAUG